GGGAGUUUGCGGCGGCCUGGCGGGUCCUGGCUUUUCGCCGCUGCCAUGCAGGGCUCCGUGGUGCGACGCACGCAGGAGUUGCUGGGGCGAGUGAUUCGGAAGCCCCCUCUCACGGAGCGCCUUCUCAGCAAGCCGCCCUUCCGCUACCUGCACGACGUGAUCGGAGAGGUAAUUAGAUCAACUGGUUUCAUGAAAGGAUUAUAUACAGAAGCAGAGAUGAACUCUGAUAAUGUUAAGGAUAAAGAUGCAAAAAUCAACUUCCUUCAGAAAACUAUUGAUGUUGUCAUCAUGGUGACCGGGGAAUCCUUGGCAGUGAAACCAGCACGUAUUGUGGCUGGACACGAACCUGAAAGAACCAAUGAACUGCUCCAAGCAAUUGCUAAAUGCUGUCUCAGUAAGUUAUCUAGUGAUGAAGCUGUUCAAAAGGUUCUUGCUGGAGAGAAAGCUGAUAUCAAAGGACAGACACCUUCAUCUUCCAAAUCCCAGAACAGAGAAUCUAGAACAGAAGAACAAAGGUUCUAUAAAGAGGGAAGAGGCGAUUCUGAAAUAAAAGAUAAACGUACAAAUCAAGACCAAAAACCUGAGAAAGAGAGCAAGCAAAAAGAAAAAGAAAGUGACCUACAUAAAGAUUAUGGAAACCGUCAUAAAAAUGUUGAUAAAGACAAUUUUAAAGAAGGUGAAAAACAUGAGAGAGAGAGAAACAAGAACAGAAUGUCAAAACAGGGGAAAGAGGCAGAAAAAAUUAGAGACAAAGAAAAAGGAGAUGGGGAAGAAGAAAAAGAGUGGGAUAAAGAAAGAGACAAGGAAAAGAAACAACAGGAGGGAAGAAGAGAAAAAGACAGAUUAAGAGAAAAAGAUAAAGAAAAGAAUAGGGACAAGGAUAAGGAACAUGAUAAGGUCAGAGAAAAGGGAAAGGAUAGAGAAAAAGACAAAAGAAGAGAACGAAGCAGCAAAGAUACGGAGCAGUUGCGAGAUCAAGGAAAGGACAAAGAUAAAAAGCCAGGAACUGAGGAGAUUUUAACUAAAAAAUCAGUGGAAAGAUCUAUAAAAGAUAAAGCUGAGCCAGAUAAAGAAAGUGAAAACUCAGCAAGAUUAUCAAAGCAACUUUCAACAAAGGGUCCAAGACAACGACCGAAACUAGGUGAUGAAGGACAAAAGGAAACUAGUAAAAGUGUAUUAUCUAGUGGUACAAUUGAAAGAGCAGCUGAUAUAGUAAAAGAGAAAGAGGAGCCAGUUAUAACACCACAAGAACCAGAUGAAUCUUCCAGUGAUGCAGAAGGAGAUGUUCUGAACCCUGCAGCUCCUGAAAAAGCAUUUGUUUCUGAGAACAAUGAAAUUGCGAAUGAACUUCCAUCUCAAGUCACCCCAAGAAGGCUCCCACGGCCGAGCAGUGCAAGACCCGCUCCACCCCGGAUAAAACACCAAGAAAUUACAGAGGUUUCACUGCUAGAGAAAAAUGGCAGCAGCAAAAUAGUGUCAAAUGUCAUUAUAGACAAAGAGAAUGAGGAUGAGGAUGACCAGUUUGUUGUUGAGGCAACAGUGCAGCUGCCCGAAAUGGCAGAAAUGGCAAUGGAGGCAACAGUGGAGCUGGAAGGAGAUGAGAAACAUGGUGGGCUCGUCAAAAGAAUAUUGGAAACAAAAAAAGAUUAUGAAUUGUCUCAGAUGUCAAAAUCUUCCGAGAAGGAAAGACCAUUUUUGUCAGAAGCAGCAAAGAGAAAGGAGAAGGAUUUAGUAGCAAAAGAAAUAGAGAAGUUUUGUGGAUCCAUUCAAGCCCUUUGCCGGAGUGCUCUCCUACUUGGAAAAAUCAUGGACUAUAUUCAGGAAGAUAUGGAUGCCAUGAAGAAUGAGCUCCAGAUGUGGCAGAAUGAAAAUAAACAACUUGAAGAGGCCCUCCAGAAGGAACAGAGUAUCACAGAUAGUGUUGUAGAACCCCUGAAAGCAGAACUUGCAGAAUUGGACCAGUUGAUCAAAGAUGAGCAAGAUAAGAUUUCUGCUAAAAGGUCUAACAUUUUAAAAGAUGAUGAAAAAAUUCAGAAGAUGGUCCAUAAUAUCAGCUCAAGAAGGUGAAUGGUGCAAAGUUUAAAAGGCUGGAUGUAUUUUUAUUUUCUACAAAGCAGAAGAAAGAAACUAACUUACAUAGAGUACAAAUAAAACUGUUUCAUACAAGUGGCA